AUGUCCUCCGGCGCUCGCGGCAGUGACCGAACGACGGAGCUGUCGGCUGAAGAUUAUGAACUGAAGCAAAAGGUAGACAAGUACGUUAAAUGGAUUAUAGACGGGUUUACGAGGUUACGGCAGGUAGCCAUCCGCGAACUGAGCAUAAUCCAGGACUCAGCCAACUCAUUGAGGUUUGUGCAGCCUCAUUUUGAAUCACUGAUUAAAUGUUAUCUAGACAUGCCUGAAUCAUAUCAGAAGAAUUGGUUGAUUGAUAUCCUCUCUGCCUUGGCCUUGAACAAUGUCGUUGAGGGAGGGCGGGAAAGCUUAAAGAAUAGCUUGCUGGGUCCUGAGGGUGAGAUUUGUUCAUUGGGCCAUUAUGACAUCUGGAAGUUGGCUGGGCAAAUUGUACAAGAAUAUGCUAAGAGACAGAGUAACCUCGAAACUGAUGAUAGUAAAAAGCUUGUACAGCAAAUUGUUGCUUUCUACAUGAAGGUAAAAGAAAAUCAUCUUUUGAUCGAGCAUUUUGAUGGAGACAGUACUUGUGUUGUCUCGACUUGUUCAUACCUCAUGACUGUAGUACGACACCUUGCUCAGCCUGAUGCCAUGAUAGGUUAUGAUAUUGUGAUCAAACUAUUGCUAACAUUCGAGGAGUAUCAUCAUGCGUUUCUAUAUGCUGUGUUGCUUGAUAACCUAGAGUAUAUGAAGCAGGUUUUAACUUCUUGUGAUGAUUCCAUCCGUAAGGAGGAAUUUUGUUACAUCCUGGGUCUACAGAACAUAACUUUGACUCUGGACGAAGAUAUGUUUGAUGUUCAAGAGGAAAGACGUGCAAUGCAAAGCAUUAUCAACAAUUCCAAUUUAAGUAAAAAAUUUCUUGGACUUGCUAAUUUCCGGGGAGUUGAGGAUCCAAUAUCUCCUGAAAAUAUCUGUAAGUCAAACUUGCUUGAUCUCCGGAAUUCAGCAAAAAGACCUUUACCAAGGAAGAAUUUGGCUCGUAUUUUUCUGGAGACAUUUGUCAAUGCAAGCUCAGGAAGGGACCAGUUCAGGAAAUCUGUGGAAAAAUUCACAAGAGGACCUUUAAGUUUUAUACUUAACGAGAAUGACUACAGAUGGUUGACAUCAACAAAAAGAAUACAGUUUAAGGCCAGUGCUGUUGCUGGUUUGGGUUUGAUUAUGCUAUGGGACGUUGAUUCGUACCUUGAUCUAACUAGCGAGUAUCUCCUGAGCAACGACAGCAACAUACUCGCUGGUGCUCUAUUGGGAGUUGGAAUUGUCAACAGUAGAGUGAAAAAAGAUCGCGCGCUGCCUUUAUUGAAUCAGCAUUACGAUAGUGAAGACCCUUUAAUCAGAAUUGCUUCAACUAUGGGCUGGGGAAUAGCAUAUGCUGGAACUCAAAAUGAGCAGAUAUGCAACAAGUUGAUCCCCGUACUUGAUAACGUUGGAGAGAGACUCGAUGUUGCAGCUUUUGCGGCAAUCUCUUUGGGUUUGGUAUUUGUUGGUUCCUGUAAUAAAGUGGUUGCAGAAGCUAUUAUAUCUGCUCUGAAGAACAGGAAUGAGUUCGAGAAGCCUAUUUUCAAAUUCUUGCCGCUUAGUCUUGGACUCAUAUUUUUGGGGGCAGAGGGAAGAGUAGAAGAUGUCGAAGCGGAUGUCUCAGAGAUAGAUGAUGUGCAGAUCAGAGAGUAUUGUUCUUUGACCCUACUUUCUUGUGCCUAUGCUGGGACUCGGGAUUCUUUUAAGAUUCCAGAAUUGGUAAAGAACUUUUUCCCAUGUUUGGAGAAGGGCGGAAAGCACCCGGAGUUGGCUGUUCUAGGAAUUUCAAUGAUCCAGAUGGUUCAGCUGAAGACAGGCGACUUCCUAGAAGUUUUCCUGAAACAUAUUUUGCCUUCUCAAGGGGUAGUGAAGAUCCGGCGCUCGGUACCUUUAGCUAUUGGCCUUAUUUGCCUGUCAGAUCCAAAGGAUUAUGCUAUUGAAAAACUAACCUCGCUUAGUUAUGAUGCCGAUGAAGUUGUUGCAUCUGCUUCAAUAAUCUCCUUAGGCCUGGUAGGUGCCAGGAGCUGCAAUGCUCGAAUCGCCGACAGGCUCAAUGAGCUUGCUCUGUAUUACUACAAGAGCAGUGUGCCACUUUUUUGUGUGAGACUUGCCCAAGGUCUUUUACACCUUGGCAAGGGUUUGUUGACUCUUACUACUUAUCCUUACCAUGAGUUGUUUCUUUCACGAGUGGGACUUGGAGGUAUGGUAAUCUUUCUGCAUGCAUGUCUUAACCUUCUUGUUACUUCGAGGAGGUACCAUUUUGUCAUCUACUUCCUCGUCUUAGCAAUUCAGCUAAGGGGGACGGAGUAA